AUGAUUGUUGGAGAUGUGAUGAUUGUUGAGAUUGUUGGAGAUGUGAUGAUUGUUGAAACUGUCUACGGAUGUUCUGUGAAAGCCGUGUGGUUGCUAGAGUUCGAUAUGUCAGGUGGUUGUGUUGUGAAGUGGAAUGCUAAUGAAUGGAUAUUUGAUAUUUAUGGGCUAUUGGAUAUUAGCGAAAUGGAUAUGCUGCCUGAAUACAUACGUAUGCAUCCCGCAGAAUCAGUUUUUGCUGGUAAAGCUGUCAGGGUUGAUGUCAAAGAAUCCCAAUGGAAUGUUCUGCAAGGACACAUUCACGACUCUUAUGACUUCACGGAACUUGUACGGUUCCAUCAAGAGUACUUGUCGGCUUUAAUUUCAGAGUCAUUCUUAGAUAUUGUUUCUAUGUCGAGGAUACUGGGCAGCAUAAUGAAAGUAUGCCCCCAGUUCUACUGGAACAUUGAGAACCAAGAAUGCUUCAAGAAUUCAUCUGAGCUGGAGCACAAUACAGAGGUUUCUUUCAAGUGCAUUGCUCCGGUGAACUUGGAUUCGGCUGGUUUAUCUGAUUACGCGUGUUUUCUCGAGGAAAGUAGGCAAUUGAUGCGCUUGCCACCUUGUCAGUCAGCUGCUGAGGCUGAUCUUAUAGUCCCCUUUAAGCUGGCAGCAAUAAAGACCACAAGUGAGGAAGACAAAUAUUUUUCCAAGAGUAUCUCUGCCAAUGCCUUCUUUUGGACUCCCUGUCAGCAAAUACUUCCUCGGAAGCGUCCCUUGAUGGAUGGGAUGGUUUUCCGGUAUCUGCUGCGGCAUAAAUGGGCACAACUGGAAUUAGAUAAAUCAUGGGCCUCUGUGAUGCAUGAAGAGAACAGAGCAUUUGCCAAGCAUAACAGUGAUAAUACAAACUCAACCCCUCAGCAGCAUAGGCAGCACUUCAAACCUAUGUGGCGGGUUGAUGUCAUAGAAUCCCAAUGGAAUGUUCUGCAAGGACGCAUACAAGACUCUCAUGACUUCACAGAACUUGUAGGCUUCCAUCAAGAAUUUCAUCAUGUGCAGUUCUGCUGGAACAUUGAGAACCAAGAAAGCUUCGUGAAUUCAUCUGAACUGGAGCACAUUGUGGAGGAAUUUAACAAGAAAUCGAAUUCCUUGUACACCAUUCUCCGUAGUAGCCGACUAGCAGGGAGUCAGAGGGUCCCAUUCCUGAGGCGUUUCCUUUUGCGUCUCAAUUUCAAUUCUUUCUUUAUGGCAACCACAAGAGGUGUUCUCAAUGUCGUCAGACCUCGGCCUGCUCUCCUGGUUUCUUUCAAGUGCAUAGCUCCGGUGAACUUGGAGUCGGCUGGUUCUUCUACCGAAGCAGUUUUGAGCUGA